UCAAAACGCUCGUGAGUGAAGCAUGUCAUCAUAAUCAUAACAAAACUAAAAUUUAUUUUUAUUUCAACCCUUUAUAAUGAAUGGUUUAUUCUUUCGAAGGAAUUCGAUAAGUGUGCUUCAUUAUUAAAAAGAGAAAUAUUAAAAUGGCAGAAACGAACAGUCGUAGUCAAAUAUUCGCCGGUGCAAGAGUUUUAGGUUAUGUUAGUACACAUGUACCAUUCGUAUCUAGAUUUAUUAAGAGACGAGGCGAAACAUUGUUGUGCACUAGUGUAGGAAAGUGGUUUCAUACGUACGGAUGCGAUAAAUUCCGUUUAUUAAGUGUAAGUGGUGAACAUCCAGGACCCAUAACAUGUAUGAGUGGUGACAGUUUUCACGUUUACACGGCGAGUGAAAAUGAUAUUUACGCAUGGAGACGCGGUUGUGAACUCAAACACGUAUACAAAGGACAUCAGGCACCUGUACACAAGAUCUUACCUUUCGGCGUACACAUAAUAACAAUCGACGAAGACAAUGUGCUGAAAAUAUUCGAUAUCAAAGACGAAUCAGAGUUUCUGGACCUUCGGUUUGAAACAAAACACUUCCAAAUAACGACAAUAUGCCAUCCACCUACGUAUCUCAAUAAGAUAUUGCUCGGUAGCAAACAGGGUCAGUUGCAGCUAUGGAAUAUUAGAACUUCAAAAUUAGUACACACAUUCACUGGAUGGAACUCUAGAGUCGUUGUAACAGAGCCGGCCCCGGCGAUAGAUGUUGUAGCUAUUGCUUUAGCAAAUGGGAAAAUUAUCCUUCAUAAUAUUCGCUAUGAUCAGAUUGUUAUGGAAUUUGUUCAUGACUGGGGUACAGUAACUUCUUUGUCGUUCAGAAUGGAUGGUGCACCUAUAAUGGUCACUGGUAGUGUUAAGGGAAACUUAGUUAUGUGGGAUUUGGAAGAGAAAAAAGUAAUGUCACAGAUACAGUCAGCACAUUAUUCAAGUGUGGCAGGCUUACAAUGUUUGAGCUCUGAGCCUUUGAUGGUGACCAAUUCUCAAGAUAACUCUCUGAAGAUGUGGAUAUUUGAUAUGCCUGAUGGUGGUGCAAGGUUGCUGAAAAAAAGAGAGGGUCAUUCUUUACCACCAAAUCUUGUGAGGUAUUGUGAGCCAACUGGUGAAAACAUUCUCGCAGCAGGCAAAGACAGCAGCCUACAUAUUUUGAACACUGUCACUGAGACAUUCAACAAGAGCAUGGGCAGGGCAACAAAAAACAAAAAGGCUUCUAAGAAAAAAAAAAAACAUCAAGUUGACAAUCACAUGCUACCAGCAAUAACACAGUUAAGUUCCUGUAUGCAAAGAGACAAGCAGUGGGACAGUAUUGCAUCCCUUCACGAGAACAAGUACCUUGCAAGCACAUGGUCCUAUAACAACAUCUGUAUGGGCAAGCAUAUACUGAAACCCCCAGAGGUAGAGAAGGGUGUAAUAGCAACUUGUUUGACUGUUACACAUUGUGGAAAUUUUGUAAUUAUAGGCUACAGUAAUGGUCAGGUUCACAAGUUCAACAUGCAGUCUGGUAUAUACAGAGGUCACUAUGGUAAACAAAACACUGGUGCACAUAAAGGAGCCCUAAGAGGAGUGGAGACAGAUUUGUGCAAUCAAAGAGUGAUUACAGCUGGAGCAGACGACAAACUGAAGUUUUGGCAUUUUAAAGAUGCUGCAGCACCUUACCAUGUGUUAAGGUUAGAAGAAUCUGUAAAUAUGACUAAAUGCCAUAGAGACAGUGGGUUACUGGCGUUAGCAAAUGAGGACUUCACUAUUACACUAGUAGAUAUUGACACUAUGAAUAUUGUGAGGAGGUUUGAAGGCCAUGUGGGGAAGAUCAAUGACAUAGAUUUUGAUUGCCAAAGUCGAUGGCUGGUAAGUACAUCAAUGGACUGCACAAUUUGUACUUGGGAUAUACCGAGUGGACAACUUGUGGAUAUAUUCUCGGUAGAACAGCCAUGCACCUCGCUCAGUAUGUCCCCAACGGGCGAUUUUCUGGCGAGCACACACGUGGGGGAGCUCGGCGUGUUCCUCUGGGCCAACAAGCUGCUCUACGACAAAGUCUUCCUCCGACCCGUCGAUAGAAAUGCUAUUGAUGUUCCGCGAUUGAAACUGCCAUCAACCGCUGCAGAAAAGCCAGACAUAGAAGACAUUGGUGUAAUCGAUUUGAACGAAGAAGUUGAAUACAAAUCACCAGAACAGAUCAGUGAGGAACUGCUAACUCUAUCCGGUCAACCGACAUCAAGAUGGCUGAAUUUACUCAAUUUAGACAUUGUUAAAAGACGGAACAAGCCAAAAACAUCACUGACAGUGUCAAAAUCAGCACCAUUCUUCUUACCAACGAUACCCAGUCUCGAACUAGAGUUUGAUUUAGAGAAAGAUAAACUAAACUCAGAGAAAAAGCUUCUAAUGUCUGAGUCUUUAUCAACUUUAACACCAUUUGCCAAGAAGUUAAACGCGUGCGAAAAUUACACAGAAUAUAAAGAAUGUUUGGAAAAGUUGAAAACACUGUCGCCAUCUUCGAUUGAAGCGGAAGUGACGAGUAUGGCGCCGGAUGUUGGCGGAACUAUAGAUGUCAUGAAACAAUUCCUCAAAAUGAUCGAUGUUUUACUAAAAUCGAACAGAGAUUUCGAAUUGGCGCAAUCGUAUUUGAGUUUGUUUUUGAAAAUGCACACAAAAACGAUUUCGGAAAAUGCGGAACUGAGGGAAACUCUCGAAUCUGUAGAACAGUCGGCAACGGAAGCGUGGUCCAAAUUGCAAAGUCAUUUGUUAUACAACAUUUGUGUUGUUAAAGCCUUGAAAGAUAUGUAAAUAACUAUGUUUUACUUAUUACUUAGCCUUUGAAUAAAUGGAAAUUAUUUUCUCAACGUUAA